AUGCGCCUAACACGUGCUGCGUUGCGCGCCGAAGCCACCCGCACUCACGACAACGAGACAGCCGACGCGUCAAACCUCCUACCCCCAACCCCGUCCACUGACCGCAUCCCAUUGGGCGAAGUUUCCGCCAACGCCGUCGCCGAACUCUCCCAAGGACAUCCGAACCUCAAAAAUAUGGCCCCAAAGAAGGCAAAGUCAAAGGUCGCGAAAAAGGCUGCCAAAGGGAAUAAGGCCAGGAAGGCCCAAGCAAGUCCGCCAGGCGACGAGAGGGAGGUCGAAGUCCUUGAAGACGAGAGGAGAGCUGCGGGGAGCCCAGCGAGCGACGCAGCCGUUGAUGAGCUGGCGAAAGCGCCCGCGGACGAUAUUGUCGUCCAAGUGCCAAUGAAUGAUCAACGUCCCGCAUCUCCCCCUUCACGCGCAGUCCGCAUGACCCGUCGUCAAUUGGCUAGAGUAGAGGAAUUGUCUAAGUCACAGCGUGUGCCCUUGCCAUCGCCUCAACUGCAUCUUCCUGCUGCUGAGGGAGAAAUUGCCAACGCUCCGAGUGCAGGGCCUGAGGAAGAAACCGUGCCAGACGUCCAGAAGGUAGAAGCGGUCAGGAUCGAGCAGGCCCGGGUCAAGCCGGAAUCCGGAGUGGCUGUACCAGCCGUCGAAGUCAUAGCAGAACCAGAACCCAAAACUCUCACAUCCGAAAAGCCAUGCGAAGGAGAAGCAACACCUGUUACGAGCCGCAGUCCCAGUCGCAGUCCAUCCAAGUCUCCCGCCAAGGUUCCCAUGCGGCUUGAGGAAUCUAUCGAAGCUAUCGAUGCGCUCGAGGAAGCCAUUGAGCAAGUCGGUAAAGCAAUUCCAGUCUUCGAUCACGAGGCCGAUGAAAAGUCUCCACGGAAAGCGCGAUUCGAUGCAGUCCCGACUCCAAACAUGUGCGCGGCCAAGGUUUCCAAAACCCCGACCGCGCCAAAGUCACUGAAACCUACCACCUCCAAUGUGUCCAAGGGUGCGACAUCACGGCCCUCUAUCUCCCGCUCAGCCAGCACUCGUGUCGCACCACCCAAGAAUGCCGAUGUGAAGGUGAGGAAGGGGUCUGGAGAGGUAGUUGAUUACCUUGCUUCGAAACGCCGUCCAAUCAGCAUGUCAUUCCCAGUCCCUCCACCACCUCCCAAGUCGGUGAAACCACCUACAAAGUCAACAUUUCAUCUACCUGGCGAGGCUGUGGCUGCCAAAUUGAAGGCACAGAAGGAAGAGCGUCUGAAGCGAGAAGAGGAUGAAGCCGUGAAGAAAGCUGCAUUUAAAGCCCGUCCAGCCCCUGCUCGGAAGAAUGUCCCUGCCCCAGUUCGACAGACGGCGGCAAGCAAAGCACGAGAAAACUUAAUGAAUGGCAAACCUACUGCAUCAGAAAAGGAGAGCAAGAUGGAUGGUGCUUCUAUUCCUCUAAAGCGCACUAACUCCAUCAACUCGGGCAAACGACUGAGUACGACAAUCACUUCUUCUCGACUAACCUUUACAACAUCAACAUCCAGCUCACCGAGCUCUAAUCGAAAUAGUACCAUUGUCAACCCGGGCCCUGUGACGAAAUCCACUGUUACUGCAGCCGAUGCAGUAGCCCAACGCCUCAAGGCACGUGAGAUCUUCAACCGAGAUAAAUUAGAGAAAGAACGGCGCGAAAACGAACGGCGAGAGAAGGAAGAGGCGGCGAAGAGGGCUCGGGCUGAAGCAGCUGAGCGUGGCCGUAUUGCGAGUAGAGAGUGGGCUGAGAAGCAGAGGAUGAAGAAGCAGAGCGCGUCUGCGCCGGCAACGAAGGUUGAGACAACGUGA